CUGUGGGGUACCCCGCGGACGCUACGUCAAGGCGAUCCACUUCAGACAGCAAGCACCUAAAUUAAAAACUGGGAGGGUAGGAGCCGAUCCCGAAAACGGUGACUUAUACAUCUUCCCCUUCUCAAAAUGAGCGCUACAAACGGCAUCUCCGGUACGGCCAAGAGAGACGACUCGCCUCCCCUCACGGAGCUCGAAACGGCCGAGAUCCUACAGAGCAUCCGCAACUCCACCACUAGACCUUCCACCUCUUUACCCGCUGAUCUCGCCCUCUCGCUCGACUUACACCGCCAGCACCAACACCAACACCAACAACCGACGUCCGAAUCUCCCGAUCUAGCUUCCUACUAUUGGGAUGCGUCGACGAUGGCCCCGCUAAACAAAAUCUCGGCGGCUGCCAUUGCGCGUCUGCGCGCUUAUAAGCCCCCGCCGUUUCCGACCUGGGACCAUCUGCCUGUAAGCCGACGCGCCGCAGUGCUGAUCCUGCUAUUCGCGGACCGCAGAGGUGACCUAAGAGUCGUGAUCACGAUGCGGGCUACAAGUUUGCGCAACUUCUCUGGUCACGCGGCUUUUCCCGGUGGGAAAGCAGAUGCAUUAUCAGAGUCGCCCUACCAAAUAGCUCGUCGCGAAGCCUGGGAAGAAAUCGGUCUUCCUAUGGACGACGCCAAGAUCCCGAAGCCCUUUCGAAUAGAACCGCUCUGCUGUCUACCGUGUAGUCUCGCGAAGACCGAAAUGGCUGUACGUCCGUGUGUAGCGUUCCUACAUGCCGACGACGUACCUGGAAAACCCCAAGCUAUGGUUGACGAGAGUAUGAUACCCCGGCUGGAUGCUAAGGAGGUAGCGGCAGUCUUUAGCGGGCCGUUCCACAAUUUCUUGAAAGCAAAGGACGAGCCGCAUGAGGGAGAAACGAUACCUCCCGGUGAUUGGUAUGACGGGUACUGGCAUCACUGGCACGACAAGCCGUGGAGGGUGCAUAACUUCCAUGUGCCAGUAAAUAACCAAAAGGUUACAAAACCAAAGGUUCGAGAUGGCGGGCAAGCCGUGUUGGCUGACAUGCUAGAAGAGGAGGAAGAUGCGGUGCAGCGUUUUCUAGUAUGGGGUCUCACGGCACGAAUGUUGGUCGAUGCCGCGAGAAUCGCUUAUGAGGAAGAGCCCGAGUUCGAGCAUAAUUCUCACUACGGCGACGAAGAAAUCAUAGCGAUUCUAAACGACGCGGGCCGCCUCCCCGACAAGAAGAGAAAGGAAAUAGGACAAGAAGCUAUUAAAGACGAGGUUAAGGAUGCGAAGAUGUAGACGGAUGGGAUAUGCCGUCCUUGCAUUAUUGUAGAUUCAUAAUGGGCCCAAGCCGCCUGUAUCUGUAAUUCCCAACUGCUGGCAAAUUCUUAUGACGCAUCCAACACACUCGAUCAAUACCCUCUAGUUGUAAUAGAGCUCUAAAUUAGACUCUAAAUAGCUUCUUCGCACUUCUAUUUAUCCACCCGCCCGUAUGCAUAAUACUAGUAGUGUAACGCUAGUGCUAGGCUAUCCCGCAUUUAAUGACAGGCCGUCUCCUUUACGGCUUUCGUAUGCGAACCGAAGAAAUAGUAUCCGAGGCCAGCUCCGAUAGCAACGGAAAACAUGACGAAGCCGUUGUAGGUCAUGAAGAGUAAC